UAAAAAAAAAAAGAAAAAACCCCAAUUGUUUUGAGAUAUUCCGGAGCUUUCUAUGAACAGCGCUUGGGUCACCACCGAUCAAACCCAGAAGGAGUAGAUAUGAUGAUUGAGGAUGCUUCAGAUCAUCACGACAACAACAUCGAGUAUCAAAGAAAGAAGAAAGUGAAGCAGAACAAUCCUGAAACAGAACCAGAUUGCUCUUGUUUUGUUGCCCAUGUCACAGCUGCAAGUCUAGAAACAGAUGCACUGUAUCUUCCACAAGAUUUUACAAGCUCUAAUGAUCUUAAAAGAAAAUGCUGCAAGAUUGUUUUAAAAGAUGGAGAGGAAAGAUCAUGGGCGAUGGAUCUGCGGUUCAACAAAUUAUCUGAUACUUGUUACAUAAGCAGAGGUUGGAAACAUUUCUGUGACGAAAACGGCAAAUAUGCAGGAAGCUUUUUCACGUUCAAGCUAAUGGAAAACGGGGAAACGCCUUUGCUCAGUGUCUGGCCUACAAAAUCUGAGAAUGAUAGAACACAUGGAGACAAUAACAGUAGUCACAGUGAUAGUGAUUCAACUUCACCACCAAACCGUAACAGAUUUGUGACUUUAACACUUACAAAUGACAGCCUUAAAAGCAGUAGACUGUAUCUUCCAUUGCCAUUUGUGAGGGAAAAUGGUAUGAACAACCCAAGGAUGGUAACUUUGUUGGGAAAAGAUGGUAUAAGGUGGGCGGCGAACCUUCUACGUGAAAACUCAGGAAGAAUGAGUUUGGGAAAAGGUAUGAAAGAUUUCUCUAGAGCAAACGGAUUGAAGAUAGGUGAAUCCUUCACACUGGAGUUAAUAUGGGAAAAUGCAACUCCUGUACUCAAUUUGUUCUGUAAGGAAGUAAAAAUCCAGAACCGAUUUGUGACACUAACAGUUACACAUGACAGCCUUAACAACAAUAGACUGAAUCUUUUCCAGGGUCUUCCAUUGUCAUUCAUGAGAGAAAAUGAUAUGAACAAACCUGGGAAAAUAGCUUUAUUGGGAAAAGAUGGUACAAAGUGGAUUGCAAAUCUUCUACAAGAAAGCAGAGGGAGAAUGAGUUUAGGAAAGGGCUGGAAAGAGUUUGCAAAAGCAAACGGCUUAGAGGUUGGUGUAUCUUUCACGUUGGAGUCGAUUUGGGAAGAUACAACUCCUAUGCUCGGUUUGUUCAGUAUAGAGUCCACAAGUGAUAAGAGGCAGCAAGGAGAGUGUUGUUCAAAUGCUAGCGAGAAUAAGUCUAUUUCAACAUAACCUUAGCAAUGGAAACAAAACUAAGAAAUACAAGAACAACAUAUAGGAGAGGUGCAAUUCAUCUUCACUAAAUUCAAAACUGAUAUGUGACAUUAGCACUUGUACCUGAUGUCAAAGUUUGUACAUUGGUAAGGUAAUAAACAGUUCUUGUUUCAAAGGUGGGUUAGUUUCUAUCUUGAAUUCUAAUCAAUAUCUAGUGGUGUUGUUUUUCUUGAAAUCUUGACAGUAUCUUCCAACUAAAUUCAUGAGAGCUAAUGGCAUUGAAUAUUCAUGGGAAAA